GUUGAACUUGUGUUUUAAACAUUUUUUUUUACACUCUUCGGUUUCAAGCAGUAUUUUGACCCCUUUGGCGCUCCGUACCAACACGGGAGAAACCACCGCCCACAGGUCAUGCGGCCUCCACUGUUUUGAUCUUAGACAGCUCGUGUAACCAGGAGUUGGAGAUGACGGAAGACUGGAAGUCCGGGUAGCUACUUCAAGUCGCCCUGUAAAAAAAAUAAAUCAUUUCUUCUGAAUAAGUCAGAGGUGGAGGGGGGGAAAGCUGGCAGCUUUGUGCGGUACUCGGUUCCGCCCGGAUGACAUGGAGGUCUCUGCGGAGGGAGAGGCGGAAGAGCGGAGGAGGGAGCAAUGGAAGCUGCUGUCCAGCCUGAAGACCACAGUAGAGGGUCUCGUUUCCACCAACAAUCCCAAUGUGUGGUCGCGUUACGGCGGCCUAGAGCGGCUGCACAAGGACAUGAACAACGUCCUGAGCCAUGGACUGAAGAAUGAACAGGUUUACUACAAGCAGAGAGACUACUGGCCCUUUGUGUGGUGUGUUCGCUACAUCAGCCCCCACCUUGCCUCGCAUGUUGAACAGUUCAGUCACCUGGAGCCGAUCGUCAGCGGUGGGAUGAAGAUGGCCGGUGAAAGCUACAAGGCAGAGCGCUGGCUGCUUCACAGCCUACAGGUCCACAUGCUGUCGGCUCAGCUCCGACCACUCCUCCGUCAUCUGGGACAUACGCGCAAAUUCUACAGCGAUUAUGCCUUUCUGCUGAGCGAGCCGCAUGUGACUGCCAUGUUCCAGUGUCUGGAAGCUGUGGAGCAGAAUAACCCCAAACUGUUGGCCCAAGUAGACACUGUCGGGCUGUCCCCUCUGAAGGGCCCUCCAUGUAUGGGCCUGUUGAAGAGCCAGAGCCUGUGUGUGCUGCCAGGGGCCGGUGGGGCUUGGAGGAUUGCUGACUUGGCUCUCAGAGCAGAACCUCUAAAUCGGAGACUCACCACCUCCAACUGUUCCCUCCGAGAAGCAGUCGUCACAACCAGCCACAACUCUGGCAGCACUACGGGAGUCGGACCCCAAAACGGCAACAGCACAAACACUACCUCUACCCCAGCCAGCAGCCUGGGGGCUCCCUGGGUGUGUGUGUCCAGGCCAGAAGAGAGCGAGCAAGGUGUGACGCCCCCUCCUGGCACGAUUUCGGUACCUUGCAUUUCCCUCACGGAGCCGCUCUUGCCCACCUCCCUUCAGCCUGAGGCAGGGGACUCCUGUGAUGGGGACUACGAUGAUGGUCCAGAGUACCUGGCUAUUGGUAACCUUGGACAACGCAGUCGCCGUGACUCCAGGGGCUCUACCCACAGUAGUGAGCAGGGGGAGACCCAGGACCAGCCCCUGCAACGGGGUUCCCUGCUUCCGCCCCAACCCAGACGCUCAUCCUUCUCAGAGGGCCAGAGGGGGCCGAGUCGGGAGUCCCGAGGACACACGCGCUCGUUUUCUGACACGGGGGUCAAUCAGAAACUCAGGAAUGAAUCAGCUGGACAGGACUGUUUGAAGGACUACAGCCCCUUCACGACCCCGCACAGUGAUGCCAGCUCCCCCGGCUCACUCUACAUGGAGUCUCAUGGGUCUCAGUACAGCAGCAUUCCAGAUGGGAUGUUCAGGAAGCCAUCAGAGGGUCAGAGCCUCAUCAGCUACCUGUCAGAGCAGGACUUUGGCAGCUGUGCUGACCUUGAAAAGGAGAACGCUCAUUUCAGCAUUUCAGAGUCCCUUAUUGCUGCCAUCGAGCUGAUGAAGUACAACCUGCGGCGUCAGGAGGAGGAGGGCGAGGAGGAGGGAGACAGUGACUCUGAGAUUCAGCAGCUCAAACAGAAGAUCCGUCUACGGAGGCAGCAGAUCCGGCACAGUCGGCUGCCGCCCUGCGCGACCUCCCAGCACAUUUUCCAUUCCACUGACAGUGGCGGCUCCAGGAGGAGCUCUCAGGACUCCUGUCAGGGCCUGUCGGACUCCGGCUCGGCUGAGGAGGUGGAGGAAUGCGAGCUACGAGAUGGCUGUGAGGGUCAGUCCCUGCUGGCGGUGUCUCAGAGUGGCCUCUCCCUGUCACUCGCCUCCCUCUUCUCAGAUGCAGACAUUAAACGUAGCGUAAGCUCCAGCGGCAGGUCUUUCCUCAGCUCAGAUUCCAUUUCUCCAUCCUUCCUCCAGUCAAACUCCGCUGAGUCGGUAGCGAUGGGUUUACUCCGGCAGUUUGAGGGAAUGCAGCUUCCAGCAGCCUCGGAGCUUGACUGGCUGGUCCCAGAACACGACGCUCCGCAGAAGCUGUUGCCCAUCCCCGACUCUCUGCCCAUCUCACCUGAUGAUGGCGAACACGCAGACAUCUAUAAGCUGAGGAUUCGAGUCCGAGGCAACCUUGAGUGGGCACCGCCCCGACCGCAGAUCAUCUUCAACAUUCAUCCAGCCCCCAAGAGGAAGAUCGUUGUUUCCAAACAGAACUACCGCUGCGCUGGCUGUGGCACACGCAUCGAUCCCGAUUAUAUCAAGCGACUGCGUUACUGUGAAUACCUCGGCCGUUACUUCUGCCAGUGCUGCCAUGAGAACGAGGCGGUGGUGCCCGGCAGAGUGUUGAGGAAGUGGGACUUCAGCAAGUACUAUGUCAGCAACUUUGCCCGGGAUCUGCUGAGCAAGAUCGCAGGAGACCCGCUGUUCAACCCCAGUGACAUCAACAGCGGUCUGUACAAGAAGAUCAAAGCUCUUGAGGCCGUCAGGGUUUUAAGGAUGCAGCUGUUUCACAUGAAAAAUCUCUUCAAGACGUGCCGCUUUGCUAAAGAGGUGCUGGAACAGUUCGACAGCCUUCCUGGUCACCUGACAGAAGAUCUUCACCUCUUCUCCCUCAAUGACCUCAGUGCCGUGCGCAACGGAGACCUGGCUCCCCGAAUGAAAGAGCUGCUCAAACUUGGUACCAUACAUGCAGCUGGCUGUGUGCUGUGCCAGGCCAAGGGCUUUGUGUGUGAGUUCUGCGGCAAUGACAAAGACAUCAUCUUCCCCUUCCAGCUGAACAAGUGCCAGCGCUGCGAAGAGUGCCACGCGUGUUACCAUCGCAACUGCUUCCGGGCGGGGAAAGACUGCCCUCGAUGUCAACGGCUGGCAGAGCGGAGGGAGAGGAUGGCGCGCAAAAACAUGGAGGAGCAAGAGGACGAGGGAGGUGGGACCCAGUCAUAACUCAGAGACAAAUGAUGAUGAGCACAAUGCGACCAUGAUUGUAGUGACAGAACACCUCUCUACGUUCCAGCCCGCUCAGACCUGGGUGACAAUACUCGUUGAAAACGAAUGAUUUGAUCUGCAGAAGUGUGCUACAUGUGCAGCUUUUUGCUACAUUAGAUGUGUGAGUGAUAUGUGAGACAUCAGCAGGAUCAUGAUCACUGAUUUUCAGCUGCAUUGAGUUUAAGCUAAGCCCCUUUCACACCUGCACUUUACUCUGUGUGUAGGGAUCUGUUUUUAGUGCCGUUUACUAAUCAAGACUCUUUUCAAGGAAACAUAGCUUUAAAAAAAAAUCGUACAUUUCUCUUUAAUAAGACAUCCAGUUUUUAACAAGAAAUAAUGUGAUUCCUUUUCUCCAAUCGUUUUGAGAAAUGCUGCGUACAAAGAACUGUGGAGACAAACUAAAGUGUGAAAAAACUAAACGUCCUGGCACUGUGUCCCUUUGUACUCAAACUAAUAUAUUCCCAUUUCAGGAGAUGAGAUGAACACGUAUUUGCGUAGACUGUUGUACCCAGGUUUGAAAUUCCUCCUUCCUUCAACUGCAGCUUCUGGCCACUGCUUCAACUCUGAUCUUUUUAAUAGCUACUGGCUUAGCUGAAGUUUGUUGUUUAUUUUGGGUUUUUUUGCGGCCUAAAACUGCAGGAAUUGUUUUAAAAACGAAUCAAAUGGCAAGUAAAAUGUAGAUCUCUUUUAUGAUUUGAUAGAUUUUCAGUGCUAUACACUGUAUUGAGAACUCCAGGAGGGUUUAUUAUCAUCUGAAAGAUAUUGGAGAUAUUUAACCACUCAUUUUUUUUUUUUUGCUUGCCAGUGUUCAGUAUUUUUAACGUUAUUUUAGCCACACGUACAAUAUGUGCCUGUGGGACCAAUGAACUUAGACUGGUAGAGCUGGUGGAGUUACAUUGGCACGUUUAAUUUAUAGAAGGGCUGGGUCAAUGUUGCAAAGAUUUUUAAUGAAACUGCAAAUGCUCCUACUUUGUGCUGCUUUGAGUGAUUGGGGGGUGUGUGUGGGCGCGCGCGUGUGUGUGUGUACUAGAAAAAGCUUUGUGUGAGUGUGUGUGCACGUGUCUACCUGCUGUUCAAGCAGCCAUGCACAAAAGGUUUGCACCAGCCUAAUCAGCACUUGCCUGUUUUCUAACAUUUUGUAAUAGAAUAAGAGAGAGAGAGAGUGUGUCCAGGUGAUUGCACUGAUCCUGUCUGUUUUUGUUUGUUGUUGUUGUUGGUGGGGAGAGUUUGAGGCGUCACACUAAGGAGAAUAUUUUUUUUUCCGGUUCAUUUCCAAGAACACAAACCAUAGCAGUGAAAAAGUUACUGUCUCUGUCAGGGAGCUCUUGUCACCUGGGUUGCACUUUAUUGUAAAAUAAGAGAUCUGUAGUUUGAUGAAUAAAAAACAUCCUCUUGGAGAGGAUGGAGAACAAUCCUGAUCAAAGUGCAUACAUCAAUUCUUCUUAUUUAAAUGUUUUUUCUCCUGCAACAGAUUUUAGAUAAUAAGUCUAGUACAGUGGUUCCCAACCUGACUGACUUUUUUACAUGAAUGGUUUGACAUUUUGAUUUAAUAAUAAAUAAUGUAGCUCAGCUUAGCAUGAAAACUGUAAACUGCUGGCAAGUACUCCUUCUGCCUCUAUUGCCAUUACUUAAUAUGAACAGGUUGUAUCCUGUUGUAUUCUUACAAAAAUUGGCAUUAUGUGUUUUUACUACUAUUUCAAGAGUAUUUCACUGUCGGGAUCCCGUCACUUCUUGCAAUCCCUGUUUAUUUCCAGACAACAUGUAGUGCUAAAAACAGGUUGCUGGUUCCAUCUACCGUAUUGCAAAGAAGCAUUCAAACGUCAUUCCUCAAAAAUGUUGAACUAUUCCUUUAAUUAGAGUAACAUUUACAUGUGCACCUUUUUCCACACGGUUUUAACCAUCUUAACCAAACCAGCUUUUUUUCCUUUUAAUUUACUUGAUAGUUUCUUAAUUGCUGAAAACUUUUUCUCUGGAGUAGAGCAGAUAUCGGAAAUGUGUGUGUUUUUAACACUGCACUUUCAAACAUCUGAUAUUCCCAUCAAAUAAACUGUGGUGGCUGGGAACCACUGAGCUAAAAAAAAACAUGUAACAUGCCUUUUACUACUAAUUUGCACUUUUUAAUUAUUUGUUGAGGCUAUUUUUGCUUCCACAGCCCCAUACAAGUUGUUUCAAUGGUUUAUUUUUGAUAAAUUAGAUUAACAAUAAGAAGAAAUGAAAUUCAUCCCAUAGGUAUUGACUAGAAGAAAACAAACAAAUGAAGAACAUGUGCAACCCACAGAUUGAAGCCCUGACUUAUGAAAGGAUAAAGCUCCAGAGGACAUCCCAUCCUCAACAGCAUUUCCUCUCUGUGUACAAUCUUUCACGAGGUAAACAAACUGUCAUGAGACUUCCUGAAGCAACACGUGUCAUAUUCACCUCCCUAAGCCCUCACAGAAAGAUACUAACUGCAUUUAAACGAAAACGCAGAACUCUUUAGCUCCUGAACCAAGUGACGCCUGAACCCUGCUCCUCUCAGCAGACUGUUUGUCCUUAAAGACUGCCCUUAACAUGGAGGCGUGUGGAGGUUUAAAGUGCACUACAGAAUAAAAUGUCUGUUAUUAAACAUUUUAAUCUUCUUUAUUUUGAUUAUCUUUAUUGUUUGAAUUAAUUUGCCUUCGUUCUGUAAUUAUGUUGACAAUAAAAGACUGGCUAGACUGUU